GCGUGGCGCAAAUGGUGAUCUGAAUUUGCACUUUGUGCAAUAAAAAGAACAAUGUCCGAACCCCAGGCAUAGUGGACGAUCUAAUCCAGCGCACCUACUUUUUUCUCCAGACCGUUUUCCUUCCUCUUUCUUACUUGAAAAGAGAAGUUGGUUAUCAGCAGAUCAUGCGAUAGCGAUCACUUUUCUCUAUAGUCAGUUGACUUGUAAACCAACUAUUUCCCCACGAAACCGAUGAUAUGGGUAUAAAGUGCAUUUUCCCUGGGGCGCUGAUUCUUUGUGUGAAUGUGGCCAGUAUUGUUCUUAGCAGUGAGCAUGAAGCAGGAGCACUCCCCACACUGUCCCAGCUGCCCUUCCUCACUGUGUGGAAUGCCCCUACAGCCCAGUGUAAGAGCCGCUAUGGGGUGGAUCUGGACCUGGGAGUGUUCAACAUAGUGAGCAAUCAGAACCAGAGCUUCAUGGGUGACAACAUCACCAUCUUCUACAAUACUAAACUGGGUCUGUACCCAAGAUACAACCAAGGAGAGGCAGUUAACGGCGGGGUGCCACAGAAUGCCAGCCUGCUGGAGCACCUGAGGGCUACCUCUGAGGACCUCCGGACCUACAUGCCUGACAGAGACUUCCAAGGGCUGGCUGUGGUGGACUGGGAGAGCUGGAGGCCACUGUGGGAGCGCAACUGGGAAGGCAUGAAGGUUUAUUGGGAGGGGUCCAGGGCCCUAGUGAGGGCCAAGCACCCAGACUGGAGCCCUGCUCAGGUGGAGGUGGUGGCCCGCAAGGAGUUUGAGGAUGCAGCACGGGCGUUCAUGGAGGGCACCCUAAGGUUGGGGGAGCAGGAGAGGCCCAAGGGGAUGUGGGGCUUUUAUGGCUUCCCCUCCUGCUAUAACUACUACAAAAACACAACAUAUAACUACACAGGGGAGUGUCCUCAGAUAGAGUUGAAGAGGAAUGAUGAUCUGUUCUGGCUGUGGAACGUCUCCUCUGCCCUCUACCCAGAUAUCUACCUGGAUCUUGGGAUGCGUGGUCUUGGCAACGACAUCCUCCUCUACACACACCACCGUGUCAUGGAAGCCAUGAGGGUGGGCGCGCAGGUGACCCCCAUGGCCCCCCCUGUGUUUCCGUACGCCCGCAUUGUCUACACUUACUCUCUGGAGUUCCUCUCUCAGGCAGGUGCCCCCCUGGUUCAGUAUGCUGUGCUGUACUACCAAUCCCUAUUGUCUAUCAGUGCAAUAGUAUGA